CACAUUUGGAAUAUCAUGGCCGUUUUCCUUGUUUGGUCGUAGAAACAAGAAAUGAAAAAAACAUUUGACAUUCCAACUUGCAUGGCUUAUAUUUCCAGGGAGAAAGACGCAAAAUAAUUGAUUAGACCAGUAACCAGUGCAGACCAACCAACCAUUCAUUCCUCCAACACUUCUACUCCAUGGGACCAUGAACCAGCCUAUUUGCCUGAUACCUAUGUGAUCUAAGGCCUUCUGUUGAACAAUACAAAAAUACUUCACCAUGCAGUUUUGAUAUUUAUUUAGAAACAUUUUUAUGAUGUUCAUCAUAAAAGUCUCUUCCUAUGUAAAGCCUAUAAAUUCCAUUGUGAAACAGUUCUUCUUUACGUAGAAUGUUUUUCAUGCAUUGAAAUUUGAGGCAACCAUGACCAAAAACCAUUUUCACACACUCGGUCUAAAGCCAGGUUGUUCAGAAGACGACGUCAAAAAGGCUUACAGAACUCUAGCAAAGAAGUAUCAUCCAGAUAAAAAUAAGGAUCAUGGAGCUGAAGAAAAGUUUAAAGAAAUUGCUGCAGCUUAUGAUGUAUUGAAGAGUAAUGACCGGAGAGAAAUUCAUGAGAGGGAAGUGAAUAUACCAAAAGACUCUGGCACUUCUCAUAAAUACACUUUUACGAGAAAAACUGAAUCAAAUAAGCAUGAGGACCAUAGUGAAUGGUCUAGAAAGUAUGGAAAAGAAUCUGAGAACAGGUACAAGAAUUCCACUUUUGGAGGUUAUGCUGAUGAAGGUAGGGAUCCUUUUGGUCAUAAAAAUGAAAAGAAGUCAAAUCAGAAGUCGAAAAAGAAACCAUCAACACGAUCUAGACCAAGGAGGCCUUGGUCACAUGAAUGGACAGCACCUGAUGACACUGAUCAUUUUUAUGAUCCGCGUCCACCAAAAGCUAACUUUUCGUUCGCAUUCAAAUCAUUUGUUGAUGAUUUAGGAAUGAGUUUUGAUGCAUUCUUUAUGGGACCUGAAAUGCCAAGAAGUUUUGGAUUUUCAAGUUUUUUCGAUGGGCCAGAUCCAUUUGAGGAGUUUUUCGGUAGAGGCACCCCUAGUUCAUUUAACACAGCACGAUCACAACAAAGGCACCAUAAGGAAAAUGUGGCAAAUGAGCGAGGAGCCAAUGGGCUCAAUGAGGAGUUCAUAUUCACAACUCGACCAUCCCGGUCACAUUCUAGAACUACCAGUAAUAAAGAAAAUUAUGGAGGUUAUGGCACAAGUGGCAUGAACUUUGAUGACUCAGAUGAUGAUGAUAUGGACAGCAGGUUAUUCAAGUGUACAUAUUGUGAGAAGAGAAUGCCUUUUAGCAAGCUUUCGAUGCAUGAGCCUGGGUGUGCAUUGCGUCAUGGUGGAAGGUUUGAUGUUAGCGAUGAUGAAAAGAAUGAGAAGGCCCAUGCUGACGAUUCAUUUGAUCGUAUGAGUACCCCAGAGGAAGACCAGUAUCCCCAGAGAACUGGAGACUGGAGACAGACACAUGAGGAACUGUUGCGCAACAUUAGACGAGCAAAACGUGCUGCACAUGCAAGUCAAAGGCGCUACAAUUCUGCAACAACAGCAUCAACUAAAGAUACUGAAAGAGAUAGUGCUAGAGAUGAGGGUGUAGCUCAGGUAAAUUGUAAGUGGUGUGGUCGGAAUUUCAGCUUGCCAGCUGCUAAGCAACACAUUCCAUUCUGUGAGAAAUGGACCAAGGAACAUGGCACGCCUCUCAAUCCUGCAGGAAAAACAACACCCAGAGAUUUUGGAAGCAAAAACCAAAGAGGGAGACAAUAUGCAAAACACAUCACACGUCCACGUGGUAAAUCAAAUGAUUCUGACGCGUCACCUAGAAGUCACUACGACCACUUCCCUAAUGUCGGAGUACAUACAAAGAGGGAAACUAUGGAUAGACCCAGUCCAUCCUCAAGUACAGGUCUGAAUGCAUCCUUCAGCCCAAGAGAAACCUCUGCAUCGCCAGGGCCAGGCCAUAGCACUUCAGCUGCAAACACAGCACGGAGCAGAACAACAACUAGACCCACGGCAGCUGGCAAAUUUAAGUCUGCAUUCGGUGACGAAGAUGGAUCUUACAGUAGCAGACUUGAUGAUCAGUAUGGUUUCGGAUUGACUGGUUCUAGGAUGAAAACUGAGACACGUUCUAGUAACAACACAUGCCAGUCAUGCAAGAGAAAAUAUGGUAUCCGUGGCCAAGUAAUAUGUAACUGUGGUUCGAGAAAAACUUGAUCGUAAUGUUGUCAUCUGAGCGAUUUGGUGUGAAGAAGGUAGUGCCAAAUAUUUCUUCAGCCAAAUGGGACAGACAGUGCCCAUUUGGAUUCCUGCAGUAUUAUUUUCUGAUAAAAAAAACUCUGCCCUUCCUGAUGAAAUACAAUAAAAUGUUAGUGUUCUCCAUCAUCAUGUUCAAAGUUUUAAAUGUAAAGAUUGAAGGAUGACGUAUUCUGACAUAUUUAAGUAUCAAAGUGCUGUGAAUUGGGCUUUUUCUGAAGAGAUUUAGCUAUUUCCGAAAUGGAUAUAUUGAUACCCUCCUUUGAACUUCUGAACAAAAUUUUUGUGUUCUCAGUAAUGGCAUCUAUCAAAUUCUGAUAAGCGUUAAGAUUUUGUGUGUAAGUGAUCUCUUUUAUAGAUAUCUAUAAGUUGAUGUAUGUAUGAAAUAUUUUAAAUGAACUUUAUAGUUCAUGUAGUAUGUAAAGCAUAGGAACUCCAAAGUAUAUUAGCCAUUGCAAAGUGGCAAUGGCAUUUGUCAAAAUUGUUUCUUAUAGACCAUUUCAUUUUUUAUGAUCGUAAUGUAAAAAAGAAUCUUCAUCAACCAUAAAGUUCCAUGGGUGUGAUUAAUUUAUACCAUUUACAACCAUUAUGUUUGAGACAUAGUCUUGUUGAUUAUAAUAAUUAUAUGCACAAACUAUUCCAUUUUACCAUGGCACAAUUUUAUUUUGACUGUAUGAAGGGUAAAAGGGGUGCCACUAUUGUAAAACAUAGUGCUUCAUUGCAGUCACAAAACAGUGUUGCAAUGUGUCACUAUGGUAAACCAUAGUGUUCCAGUGUGUAAAUUAGCUGUUUCUGUAAAACCUAGUAAAUUUGCCAUGGAUAUUUGACAGUAUAUUGUUAGUAAUACAAACACCACAACAGUUUCUGCAUUUUUACUUUUGAUUAUUAAACACAUAUCUUCUUUAAAUUAAAAUAACUAUCUUGUUACCUCAAUUUAUAGGGCAUUAGUCUAGUGAUUUUUCCAGGAGGAAGCAGAUAUGUACUUAUUAUUAUGUUUGAGUCCUUGAUCUUCAGUCUGUGUUUCAUGUAGGGAAGUUGUAAGUUCUUUGGUGAGAACAAGCUGGUCUUUCUGAUGUAAAAUGUUAAAAAUUAUUGUGACAGUGACAGCCUGCCUGGAAAUAUAGUUAUGAAAGCCUCAAGUUUGCAGGAUUUGCUCAAUAGGUUGAGCAGAUAAUGUCAGUCAAGAAGUUGCGAGUUUGCAGGAUUUGCUCAGUAGGCGGAGUGAAGACUGUCAAUUGAAAAAUCAUCACAUCGCAGUUUUGCCGUUUAGAUUGAGUUAGAACUCUCAACCGAGGUGAUGAGUUUAAUCCAAAGAUGUGGCAGAUGUCCAACAUUACGAUUUAACAGAAUACAUGAUGUCUUAUGUCGUUAAUUUCCCACCUCUAGUGUAUGUAGAGAAGUUGCUAGUUAGUUGGUACUUGUUUGUAAUCUUGUGUUGUCUAGGAAACUGGUUAACUGACUUCCUUUUCAUAACUAAAAUUCUGUUCAAAAAGAGCAAUACACACAUAUCAAAUAAGCAAACAGUAUGAAUAUGUUACAGGAAAAUAGAAACAAGGCUGAUUUACUUGGGUUUAUAGUAACAGAAAUGUACAGGUUAUGUAGUGAUAUUGUGAUACAAUCCUCAGGUUAUUUAAUUAGGUUAUUUCCUUACCUUAAAUGCCUUUAAUAUAGACGUUAUUUUUACACAUGCCUACAAAUUUAAUGUAUCUAUGUAUACAUAAAGUAUAUAUAUUUAGGUGUUGUACCUCUAUAAAUUUAUAUGUGGAGUUAUAUAUUUGUAAUUUGUGAGAUUGCUUCUCUGUAGUGUCAGAGAUUUGGUGCAACGUACCAUACUUUGGGAUGCUUUGGGAAUGAUCAACAUUUACAUAAUGGGUCAGAAGGUCAGAUUUAUAAAAAUAAGGCAAGAUUUAAAAGAUAAGAGAAUUUUUGUUACAUAUUUGGCGAUUUUUACACUAGCUUAAAUGAAGUAACACAAAUUUGGUAAAAGUCAUAUUUGAAAUUGGACUGUGCCAAAAUAUCCCAAAGAACGGUAUUUAUUUUGAUGAAUGUCAGCAGAGCCAUUUAAUGACAUUUAUGUCUCUGUACUAAAAUUUUUAUGUCAUUUUUAUUAUUCUGGAAUAUGAUCCGCAUGAUCUACAGAAUGCUGUCAGUGUUUAGGCUACUUCACCUUAAACAUUAUAUUAAAGGGGAAGCACACGCUCCAAGUUUGUCUGCUCAUCCACCUGUUUUGUUUCUUUUCCUUUUGUCAUGUGCUUUGUUAUUUAUUUAUUCAUUCAUUUAUUUAUUUAUUUGGUAUUAAGUUAACUACAGCACUUAUUUUAAUAACUGUUUCAAUGUAAGGUGUAUACUUUCUGAAAGUCAUCCAGAAGCUUGGUGGUUCUACCCACGUGCCCUUCUGUGAUGAAGUAAAGCCUAGAGGGGCACCUGAUUUUUUCUCUACCAGUUACCGUAUGACAUGUAAUUGUUUUGAUGUGAUGUUAUAUCCAACAAAAAUAGAAUCUUGGUUGCAUAUUAUGUUAAUUGAUUUGAAUUUGUUCUAGUACAGAUACUUCUGAUUGAACAUUUUGGUUUAUGUGUGUGAUAUUUUUGCGUUCAAAGUUCUUCCCUUUGUUAAAUGUUUUAUCAUUUAUUUCCAAAGUUCUUUCUUGCUAAUGUUUUCUUUCUGUGAUGUGUUUGCUGUUUAUUUUGUUUUCUAGUUUUCUAGGUUCUUUAUUGUUUCUGUUUUUUUUCCUUUUGUUUCCAAAGUCUUUUCAUGUGUUUAUACAUCUGCCAAUACCAGAUAUUAUUGUUUAUAGAUCAUAAUUAUGUUGAGUAUGGUAUAUACAUUCAUAAAAACAUAAAAUACAAAACAUUGAAAACUAUCCCUCUUGGCUGACAGGGACUUUCUAAUAAAUCUUAUUUUAGUAAAGGAAGUAGAUUCCAUGCAGCAUUUUAGAUUGGCACUUAUUUUUACCCAAUAUUGUAUUGCAUAACUUUUUUGAGUCCACUUCUUAAAGAUGAAUUUAGACCAUACAGAAAAUGAAUAUUUCUUACUUAUUCUUACACUUUUUCUGUAUAAUAUACUGCCUGUUUACUGAAAUGUUUUUAUGUUGUUUUAAAUAAACCCUCAUUAUCUGAAAGGGCAAGUGCAAAAAGUUUUGUAAUCCAAAUUUUUGUGUUUAGAUUUACAUUUGCUUUAAUGUUACCUUGUGUUACAUUGUAUUUGCUUGCCAUAUUGUGAUAACGUUUUAGCUCACAUGAGCACACAAGUGCUCAUAGUGAAUUUUUAGGAUCAUUGGGAUGUCCAUCAUUGUCUGUUGUCUGUCUGUCAUAUGUCCACACAUUCUUUAAAGAAUAUUUCCUACCCCAUAAAGGCAAUUUAAAUGAAAUUUCAUUUGAAUGUUUUUUGUGAAGUUCCCAUUCAGAUGCCUUUAAAUCUAGAUCAUCCUUUCAAAAUGUUGGUAUCAUGAUGGCUACCAAAAGAAAAAAAUGAAAACCUCGGAAACCAUAAGCGUGUCUUUGAAAUAAUUUCACUGACCUUUCCUUGGAAGACCCCCUACAAAAUUCUUGUUACAAAAUGGAUGCCAUGGAAGAGUGGCUAGUUUUCUCUGUUUCACUGUAUAUUAACUUCAGAAUUUCCACCACGGGGCUGGGCAGGCUUUUUGUAUGUAUAAACUUUGAGGCCCAGCCUUCUUUUCAGUAUAAUUUUACUGAAAAAGUCCUUAUGGCGACCAUUCAAAUUAAUUUGAUUUGGAAACAAACAUGGUUGCCAGAGGAUGUGGUUACUUUCCUCUUAAUUUACAUAAAAGAAGCUUUAAAACUUUUCUCUUGAGAAACUGCUGCUCUGAUUUCUAAAUAGUUUUCUUGUGUGACCAUGUACAAAAAUGUGUUCAAGAAAGCUGUGAAACUCUGGUGAGCAUCUAGGGUCAUCAUGGCCCUUGUUUGUUUUUGUUUUUUUGUGCUUAUUGUUAGGUUGUUGUGGAGUUUUAAAUUUGCCUUUAAAUUUGUGAUUAUGUGAGGUGAUAGGUGACACAGAUAUUACAUGUUGUGUACUGUCAUUAGAGGGGUGACAGAUCAGCUCAUAAUAAAGAUAUAAACUGUUCGUUGUGCGUCAACAUUUGCAUUGUUAACACUCUAGAAGCCACAUUUGUGACCCAAUCUUUUUGAAACUUGGUCAGAAUGUUUGUCUUCAUGAUCACUAGGUCAAGUUUGAAACUGGGUCAUGUGAAGUCAAAAAUUAGGUCACUAUGCCAGAUCAAAGGAAAAACUUGUUAACACUCUAAAGUCCACAGUUUAGGUUUGAAACUGAUGAGAACUGGUCGGAAUGUUUGUCUUGAUGACUUCUAGGUCAAGUUCGAAUCUGGGUCAUGUGGGGUCAAAAACUAGGUCACCUGGUCAGAUCAAAGGAAAAGCUUGUUAAUACUCUAGAGGCCACAUUUGUGACCCAAUCUUUAUGAAACUUGGUCAGAAUGUUUGUCUUGAUGAUCUUUAGGUCAAGGUCGAAUCUUGAUCAUGUGGGGUCAAAAACUAGGUCACCCAGUCAGAUCAAAGGAAAAGCUUGUUAACACUCUAGAGGCCACAUUUGUGACCCAAUCUUUAUGAAACUUGGUCAGAAUGUUUGUCUUCAUGAUCACUAGGUCAAGUUCAAAUCUUGGUCAUGUGUGGUCAAAAAUUAGGUCACUAGGGCAAAUCAAAGGAAAAUCUUGUUAACACUCUUAGAGUCCACAGUUAAAGUUUGCAACUUAUGAGAAUUGGUCAGAACGUUUGUCUUGAUGACCUCUAGGUCAAGUUCGAAUUUGGGUCAAAAACUAGGUCAGUAGGCCAGAUCAACUCUGGUGAGCGAUAUAUAUAUUGUUUUUGUUUGAACAUAUAAUGCACAUCUGAUUGGCUUUUGUAGUCAUGCUAACAUAGAAAAGGUUACAUGUGCUUAUGAAAUUUAAGAGAUAUUUUUUGUGGCAGUUGGAAUUUUAUAAUUUUCUCCACACCUGAUCUAACCAAUUAUAUUUGACCAAUAUUAUAUACUCAUUUCAGGUAUGAAGGCACCAGUGGCUUAUUUUAUCAUGAACAGAUUGGUUUGAAACCUUUCAUAACAACUGGGAAUUACUUACCAUGAGUACAGUACAUCAAAAUUUCAAAUGUUUGAUUAUAAUGUUCAUUUUUAAAUGCCAUGGUGUCUGAUUGCUGCUCAUUUUCCAAGAGACCAGUACAAUGCCAGUCUGUUAUCAUUUUCCAAGAAACUAGUAUUUGUUACUUUUUCCAGGAAAUUCAAUGUUUUCCUUGAUGCCUUUUUACAGCCUCGAUUGUUUUAAGUUUUGCACAGUUUUGUGGUUUGCUUUGCAUUGCACAUAUUUGUACAGUGACCAGGUAAGAGUCUCAUGCCUUUAACUGAAACCCUGCCGUAGUGUCAGUUUUUUCAUUUGAAUUGUUACUUAAGUUAUUUCAGCAAUAUUUUCAAAUUUCUCACUGACUUUAUAACAAAUAUAGCAUACAAUUUCCUUUGUUUUAACUUUCAAGUGAGUUUUUACCAGGGGUUCCUACCUCUGGCAAGGUAAAAGUAUAAAAGUGCUAAUAGUUUAAGAUUGUAAAUGGCACAACUCGUACUGAACUAGCUGUGAUAAUUUUAUUGCUCAUAUUUGAUUGACAUUUUUACCUAAUGGCUAUUGCUUUAAAACCAUACUUUUCUGAAUCUGCCAAAAUAUAGUAUUCAUUGUACAACUUUUUUGUGUAUAUAUUAACUUUCUACAGUUGUAGGGCAGUAUAAGCUUUUUAUGUGCAUCUCUUGAAAAUAUUUGCAUCUAUUUCUCACUUGGUGAUAUUUCACAAAUAAAUAUCCUGUUAGUCCUUCGCAGAUAGAAGUGAGGACUUUGCUAUUUGUAAAUGAAAAAAUAAAAAACAUUUAGCUUUAAAUUUUGAGAAAAAAAAAUCAGUGUUAUGUCAAAAUCUAUGUUGGAUCUGAACAGGCAAAACUACAAUAACUGUUCCUAUUUAGUAAAUGUACAUUUUUAUUUCAUUCACAGAAUAACUAUGAAAUGGUGGAAUUCACAUGACUUUUGUCUAGGUUAACAACAAGCUUAUGACUCGGUUGGGUUUUUUUCAACCUUACCAUAGAGACUUAUUUUAAUUAAUUUCUGUUGCUGGAAACUUCAGUUGUAGGAAAAACAGAUGAUGCAAAAAUUCAUUUAUAUUUAAAAAAGAGACUAUCCGAGUAUUUUAUAAGAUCUGAUUGAAAAUCCACAUGUCAGUAUUUUUUUUAAGGUCAUUGCUUUUGUUUGCUUUUUCCUCUUGUUGCUAGAUAUUUUUGUUUAAAACCGUCCAAAGAUUGAUCCGUCCUCCAAAUAAAGUGGCCAUAAUACUCACUUUUGUGUAUUUAGCAGCUGUGUUUAUAAUACUAAAACCAUGCAUUAUAUAGAUUGUUAGGAAUUGAUAUACCUAAAUAAAGUUAUAAGAAUAAA